ACAAUAACAACGAGCACCACGGGACAACGACGGGGAGACAGAGGGAACACACGCUCUUUUAAAGAAAACCCGCCUUGAUAUCCGUUAAGCUCAGAGGAACUGCACUCCAGCACCAUGCCUGUGGCGUCGACCAGAACCGAUGCUGUUAUGAAUAUUUUGGACAGGCUCCACCUCUCUCGGGGGAGAAAUUCUUACAUUGAUUUAGCACCCCAGGUGUUGGACGUGAUGAGUGACAGCACAGCCAGCUCAACCACAGCCAACGACCUGGACCUCAUCUACCUCAAGGGCAUUAUGGAGGGCCCCCUGGAGGCGGAGCGGCAUGUCUCGGAGCCCCGUGCCACGGCGGUGCGGGACAACAACGUGGAGCUGGUGCAGGAGAUCCUCCGGGAGCUGGAGCCCUUCAGCCAGCGCUCAGAGACCGCCGCCCAGCUCAGGGACAUCCUGAGACAGCCACACUUCCAGUCGCUGCUGGAGACCCACGACUCGGUGGCGUCCCAGGAGUGCGAGACCCCGCCCCCCAGCCCCUGUGACCACGUGGACCACGGGGACCCCCCCGGCGAGGGCCACACCCACAGCCUGCCCCACCCCCCCGAGGCCACCCGCAUGGUGGGGAUCCGCAAGGUGGCCGGGGAGCACCUGGGCGUGACCUUUCGCGUGGAGGCGGGCGAGCUGGUGAUUGCGCGGAUCCUUCACGGGGGGAUGGUGGACCAGCAGGGGCUGCUGCACGUGGGCGACAUCAUUAAAGAGGUGAACGGACGGGAGGUGUGCCAGGACCCCCGGGUCGUGCAGGAGGAGCUGCAGGCGGCCAGCGGGAGCAUGGUGCUGAAGAUCGUCCCCAGCUACCACGAGACCAACACACCCAGACAGGUAUUCUACAAGUGCCACUACGACUACGACCCGGCCAAUGACAACCUGAUCCCCUGCAAAGAGGCGGGCCUAAGGUUUGAGACGGGGGACAUCAUGCAGAUCGUCAACCAGGACGACCUCAACUGGUGGCAGGCACGUCACGUGGAGGGAGGGAGCGCGGGGCUGAUCCCCAGUCAGCUGCUGGAGGAGAAGAGGAAGGCCUUCGUCAAGAGGGACGCCGAGCUGCCCCCCGCAGCAGGAAACCUGUGCACUGGAAUCGGAGGGAAGAAGAAGAAGAAGAUGAUGUAUGUGACCACUAGAAACGCAGAGUUUGACAGACACGAGCUGUUAAUCUACGAGGAAGUGGCCAAAGUCCCGCCCUUCAAGAGGAAGACUCUGGUUCUGAUUGGUGCCCAGGGAGUUGGGAGGCGGAGACUGAAGAACAAGCUCCUGUUGAUGGACGCGCCGCAGUUUGGCACCACCAUUCCUCACACCUCCAGGAAGCCCAAGGCGGGGGAGCGCGAGAGCCGCAUGUUCGCCUUCACCAGCCGCAGCCUGAUGGAGGCGGACCUGAAGGCCGGCCGCUUCCUGGAGCACGGCGAGUACGACGGCAACCUCUACGCCACCAAGACGGCCUCCAUCCACCAGGUGGUGGAGGCCGGGCGCGUCUGCAUCCUGGACGUCUCCCCGCAGUCUCUGAAGGUUCUGCGUACCUCUGAGUUCCUGCCCUACGUGGUGUUUCUCAAGGCUCCAGAGUUCCAGGUCCUCAAGGCCUUGAACCACUCUGCUGUGGACGCUGGGGUUGUCACGGAGACACUGACGGACGCAGAGCUGCAGCGGACGUGUGACGAGAGCGCGCGGCUGGAGGCGGCGUUCGGCCACUACUGGGACCUGACGCUGGUCAACGACAACCUGGACGAGACGUACCGCACGCUGAAGGCCGCGCUGGACACCGUCUCCAAGAACCCCCAGUGGGUGCCCGUCACCUGGGUGUUCUAGCCCCCAGCCAGGGGUGUGUGGGGUGUGUGUGUGUGUGUGGGGGGGAACAAUGCCCCAGGCAACUGAACUCAGAGUUCAAACAAUUACAACUUUGUCCCCUCACCCCCUCCCCAGUCAACGCUGACCUCUUGAACAGCGCCCAAUCACAUAAAACCUUUUUGUGACAUUCUAAACCAGAAACAUACCCCAACCCAACAGAAUCUACCACAAUAUUACAAUCCUCCAAACAUGGAGAAAACAACUAACUGCCAGUGUCCCCCGAAUUUCCCUCCCAGUUUUCGCUAUAACAUAAAGUUCCUUGUCGCUACAUCUUCGGCAACGCCCCAGCUAGCAUGCAGCGCGCGUGGCUCAAAGCUCAUCACGUGUUCACGCCUUUAAAAACCGUGG